GCCGGGCGCCUUCCACGGCCUGGUAAUCCCAUAAAAUGUCAGCCAUAGUGCAAGUGAUCAAUGGCGAAGGCGAGUUUGAGUCAGCUGGCGUUCAGUCGUUCGUCGACAAGAACGAGCUUGCGCAGUGCCGCACAAACUAUGCGGUCGUCGCGAUUAUGGGACCCCAGAGCUCUGGCAAGAGCACGCUGCUCAACUACGUGUUCGGCACCGAUUUCAAGAUGAUGGACGCGAUGGAGGGGCGCGGGCAGACUACCAAGGGUAUUUGGAUGUCAAAGUCCCCCAAGGUGGCGGACACCACCGUGCUGGUGAUGGACCUGGAGGGCAGCGACGGCCGCGAGCGCGGCGAGGACGACACCAACUUUGAGCGUCAGAGCGCGCUGUUCGCGCUGGCUGUGGCGGACGUGCUGCUGGUGAACAUUUGGUGUCACGACAUCGGCCGCGAGCACGGCUCCGGCAAGCCGCUGCUGAAGACCAUCUUCCAGGUGAACCUGAAGCUGUUUGCGCCCGAGCCCGACCGCAAGAAGACCGUGCUGCUGUUUGUGAUCCGCGACAAGACCAAGACGCCGCUGGCCAAACUUACGGAGGUUCUGGAAGCUGACCUGGACCGCAUGUGGGACUCCAUCGCCAAGCCCGCAGCCUACUCCGGGUCCAAGAUGACUGAUUUUUUCGAGGUCCAGUACGCGGCUUUGUCGCACUUUGAGGAGCGCUACGAGGACUUCCAGGCGGACGCGGUGCACCUGCGCCGCAGGUUCGCGCCGGAUGCUGAGGACACGCUGGUCCGCGGCGAUGAGAAGCUGCCGGGCGACGCCUUCGCGCUGAGCAUCCACAACAUCUGGGACGUCAUCCGCUCGCAGAAGGACCUCAACCUGCCCGCACACAAGGUGAUGGUGGCCAACAUCCGCUGCCAGGAGAUCCUGGAGGACCAGCUGCGGGCCUUCACCGGAGACCAGGCCUGGGCGGGGCUGCAGGAGGCGGCGGGGCUGGGCGCCGUGGAGGGCUUCGGCGCGCAGGUGGCCGGCCUCAUGGACAGCUGCGUCAAGGGCUACGAGGCCGAGGCCCUGUACUUUGACUCGCACGUGCGCGAGGACAAGUUCCAGGAGCUCAGCAAGCGGCUACUGGCGGCGGUGCAGCCCCUGUACCAGGCACAGGUUGCGGCCCAGACGGCGGCGGUGUUGACGGGCUUUGAGAAGGAGCUCAAGCUGGCGCUGCUGCCCGAGGGCGCCGCCAGCAGCGGCGGCGGCUUCGUGGCGGCGGCGGCGGCGUGCCGGGCGGCGGCGGUGAAGGAGUUCGGGAUGGCGUUCAAAAAGCACCUGCACAUCCAGGGCACGCCCUGGGACGGCGCCGCGGAGGCGGCCGCGCUGGAGGCGGCGCUGGACAGCCACAUCGGCAAGGUGCGCUCCGAGCACGUGGCCGCCGCCGUGGCCCGCGCCGAGAAGCAGCUGCGCAGCCUGCUCAGCGCGCCCGUCAUCGCGCUGCUGGAGGUGUGCGGGCCGGGCAUGUGGCCCAAGCUGUACGGCGUGUGCCGCGAGGCGGCGGCGGCGGCCGACAAGCAGCUGCUGGCGGGGCUGGCGGGCUACGGGCUGGGGGCGGCGGAGGCGGAGGCGCUGAGUGAGGGGCUGCGGGCGCGGGCGCGGGCCUCCAUGGAGGGGCAUGUGCGGGAGGCGGCGCUGACACGCCUCAGCCGCAUGAAGGACAGGUUCCAGGAGGUGUUCUCCCAGGACGAGUCGCGGGCCCCCCGCAUGUGGGGCGCACGUGACGACGUGCCCGCCAUCGCCGCCGCCGCCCGUCUGGCCGCGGCCAACGUGCUGGCGCAGCUGGCAGUCAUCCGCCCGCCGCCCGGGGAGGGCGGCAAGGCGCAGCAGGGCGAGCAGGGUGACGUCAUUGAGGCGGCAGUGCUACAGCUGGCGCGCACCUCCUCCGACGCCGCCUCGGCCCCCGCCCCCGCCGACGGCGCCGCCUCCUCCUCCGCCGCCGCCCCCGCCGCCGCCGCCGCCUCCUCCCACGGCGCCGCCGGCGCCGCCCUGGACCUGCUCUCCGCCGCCGCCUGGCCCGGCGUGUCGGACGAGUCACGCGUGCUGCUGGCGCCGCACGACGUCCGUACCUCUUGGCGGGAGUUCAUGUCGUACAGCAAUGUGGCGGUGCAGCAGGCGCUGAGCGCGCAGCAGGCCAACCGCCUCGCCAACAACCGCCUGCCGCCGCUGUGGGCGAUUGUGGCCAUGCUGGCGCUGGGCUGGAACGAGGCGAUGGCGCUGCUGUUCAACCCGCUGCUGCUGCUGGUGGUGGGCGUGCUGGUGCUGUUCCUGCGCAGCCUGUAUGUGGAGCUGGAUGUGGAGCGGGAGUUGGCGCGCGGCGCACUGCCCGGCGCCAUCAGCCUUAGCCACAAGGUGGUGCCCGCCUGCAAGUCGGUGCUACGGAAAACCACCGAGUCGGUGCAGCAGAUCCUGCACAGCAUCCAGGAGGGCCAGGGCGCGGCUGCGGUGGGCGAGGGCCGCGCAGCGGCGUACGCGGUAGACGGCGCCCCCAACAGCAGCAGCAACAGCAGCAGCCGCGCCGGCAGUGGGACGCCGGGGCCGGGCCGCUAUACGGAGCUGACGCGGCGGGGUGCGACGGCGGCGGCAGCGGCGGCGCCUAACUCGCCCGCUGAGUUCACGGACCUCCGAGCGGAGGGCAAGAAGGGGCAGUGAGGGCGGCGGCAGGCGUGUGUUGCUGCGAUUGACUGCGUUUGCAUGGCUAGGGUUUUUACUGGAAGUCGCGAUGGCGUGGCUAGAGCUGUAGGUGUAGCUAGAGCUGGAGGAGGCAAGAGGCAGCAGCCGGCGUGGGCCGGUGCUGCAUGGGCUGUGUGCUGUGGCGCUGCAAUGCAGGACGGGGGGCCCAAGCCGGGGGCCUGGUGCAGCCCUGAUCUGGGCAUGACAAGAUACCGUAGACCAUGGCGGUGGGGGCUGCUUGGGAGCUGGGGUGACGCGGCGUGGGUGUUGCUGGUGGACUGGCGCGGCCGCAGACACGGCUUUCUCCUGCCCCGUAACGGCGAUGUGUGUCCUGAGCUCGAUUGAAGCGAGUGAUAGGGGCACAACGGCCAACGGGCAGGGGGAG